CUUCGCUUCGUACCAGCCCUCACCCUGGAGCUCCGACCGACGUCAACACCACACACUUCCUCUCCAUCCCCCGCCGACGCCUCACGCCCUCGCUGCAAUUGCGACGACCGCGCGCACGUUCGGCGCUCCUCGACCUGCCGACUGCGCCCAAAAUUACACGACCAAGCCUUCUCGCGCUCUGACGCGCCGGACCAAAACAACACAACUCCCGCGCGCACCACCCGCGCCCACCCUCAACCCGCAUCUCAGCUCUCGAUACAAGCGCAAUCAUGUUCUAUCCGACGGAAUUGCUCCAACGGUCGGGCGCGCUGGCCCGCGUCUGGAUGGCCGCCAACGUGGAGAAGAAGCUCACCAAGGCCCAGGUGCUGCAGGACAAGAUCGACGAAGACAUCAGCGAGAUCAUGCGGCCCCGCGCCCCCUUCUCGCUGCGUCUGAGCGGCUCCCUCCUUUUAGGCGUCGUGCGCAUCUACAGCCGAAAGGCGCGUUAUUUGCUCGACGAUGCUAGCGACGCGCUCUGGAAGAUUAAGAUGGCCUUCAAGCCUGGCAAUAUCGAUGUGUCGGGCGCAUCCCACAUUGCAAACCCGGCAGCUCUAACCCUGCCGGAUGCCAUCACCGAUAUCGACCUGCUCGCGCCAAUGCCCGACCCAUCGUUGCUCCUGUCCCAGCCGCUAGACUUUGGCUUGGGUCUUCCCGACGUGCCCGUGCCGGAUUGGGACAGCAGUCAAUUUUUGUCCGGUAGCAUCGAACAACCACGCGCGGAGCCCGACAUCUUGGAUGACGGUGAAGACCUCAACCUCGACAUUGGCGGCGAUCUGGACCUGCUGGAGCCAUUUGACGACGGCACCAGCAUUGAACGAGGUCGUGACGCGCCGCUGGAGCGACGCGCUUCCGACGAAUUUGCCUCAAGCCCAAAGGACUUGCCGGAAGAGGACUUAGGGCUAGAUAUUGGCGAGGACUUCACUGAGCUCCCGCCCGCGCCGGAAUUGAACAUCGACGACGAUGUAGACAUUACUAUGGGUGGCAUGACUGAAAUGGAGCCGCCGGCUGGCGGCGCUGCCCCAGGAGCUCGUGAGCGAUCCAUAUCUCCGCUCUCUGAACUGGCAGAGGACGAAGAACGAGCACUGGAGCGGGCCUACGAACAGGAUCAGAGUACAAGCAUGUUCCGACCUGCACCCGAGGAGGAGGAAGACGAGGAAGAGCUAGUACAUCAAGCUCGAGCCAAGCGCCGAAGGGUCAUUCAACAGGACACCCAGACUCAGAUGUCCUCCAACGAAAUCAGGGCGCAACAGAACAAUCGCGAUAGCAUCCUCAAGCCGGCCUCCUUCCUACCGCGCGAUCCACUGCUCAUGGCGCUCAUGAACAUGCAGAAGUCGGGAGGAUUCGUGUCCAGCAUUCUUGGAGACGGUCGAAGCCAGGGUUGGGCUCCCGAGCUCAGGGGUAUUCUGUCAAUGGAAAUCGUGUCGCGCCCAAGCCAUAAGCGAAAGCGAGACAGCGGUGUCGCUGACCUGGAGACGGGCGACGAACAGGCAGGUGCUGGCGCAGAGAAGACUCCUCAGCUGGAAUUCGAACACGAUGAGAUUGCUUUUGAGGAUGUUGAGGUCCACCUCGGCGGUGACAUAUCUCUUGGGGGAGAAGAGGAGAUGAUCCAGCUACCCGACGAGCCCAUCGAGCUACAAGAAGAGGAAGACGUCUUUUCACCCGUGCCGGACAACUUUGACGACACCACCGCUCCUCUACUGCACCCCGCGGAUAGCGGAGUUGUCUCGCUCGAAACGAAGCAUGCCGUCCACCUUCUGCGCCAGGUCUUCGGAGACGCCGCUGCGACCAGCGAGGAAGAGCGAAGGAACACCGCCAUAUCAUUCCAGGGUAUGUUCCCCGAAGCCUCGACAACAACGGCGGAUGUCGCCCGGAUGUUCAACGAGGUGAUGGUUCUGGCAACCAAGGACGCCAUCAAGGUCGAGCAGCAGCCGAAGGAGAACGAGCUGGGUGGGCCAAUCAAGAUCCGUGCCAAGCGAGGUCUCUGGGGAUCGUGGGCAGAAACAGAUGUCUCCGGAGAGAAAGCCAUCAAAGCCGCGGCAGAUGCUCAGCAGCCGCCGCAGGCAACCGCAUCAGCAACACCCGUGGUACCCAUCCAUUCUGCCGAAAUUGCUGUGGAAGCAUGAGGGAGGGACCGUUUGUUUGAGCAUAACCUUCGCAUCGGAUUCUCUAGGCGCUUUCUCUAUUGUUCUAGCGGCGUUAGAAUACCCUUUUGAGUAUGUGUGGGAUUGAAAAGACUUGGCUAUGGUGUUGAAGGGGUGCGUGGCUUGGUAUUCUUAUUUCUUGCAUUGGAUAAUGGGCUCCAUUAGAGAGCGGAAUGCACAUGGGCUCGCAAUGUACACCGUUUAAGUGUGCCUGACUGAC